UUCUCUGCUAAGCGUCAGUGCCAUGACAACAGGACGAUGGCUGCAAGCAAGAGGGUGAGAAAUGUGAUGUUUGUGUGACCGAGAAGUAACGAAUCUUCGACAUUUUUCGGACUAGGUCAUUCCUGUGAAGCAUCUAAUCCUUCACUUCUUCUGUGUUCCUGUCUGGUCAAAUAGAGGCGGCAUGUCUCUGUUCAAGGCACGUGAUUGGUGGUCAGCAACACUUGGCGAAGGGGAGGAGUUUGACCAGGGAUGCCUGUGUGUUGGAGACGUGGACAACAGUGGCACUGGACACGACAAAGUUGUAGUGGGAAGUUACAUGGGGAUGCUGCGAAUCUUCUCCCCACAUGCCAGUAAGACUAUUGAAGGAGGUCAAGCUGAUGCCCAGCUGCUUGAAGUUCAGCUUCAAAAUGCCAUCAUCCAAGUCGAACUGGGCAAGUUUGUUUCGUGUUCAGAGCUUCUUCACUUGGCUGUUCUCCACCCCAGAAAGCUGUCAGUCUACUCUGUAUCAGGCACUGCAGGGAACGUGGAGCAUGGUGACCAGUACCAGCUCAAGUUGGUUUAUGAGCAUAACCUGCAAAGAACAGCCUGCAACAUGACUUACGGCACCUUUGGAGGAGUCACGGGUCAUCAUUCCCUCUGUAUCCAGUCUAUGGACGGGAUGCUGAUGUUCUUCGAGCAGGACAGCUACUCUUUUGGCAGGUUCCUCCCUGGUUUUCUGCUGCCUGGUCCCCUGACUUACAACCCCAGAACAGACAGCUUCCUCACUGUAUCCUCUGCACGAGAGCUGGAGAGCUACAAGUAUGAGACUCUCGCUGUGGCUACAGAAGCAGAAAGUCGACAAGAUCCCAACUUACCCCUUAAGACUGGAGGCAAGAGGCUGACGCCUGACUGGGUAUUUGUGCUGGGAGAGCAGGCCCUGGAUCUCUGUGUGCCCUCUUUCUCCCAUGCUUCUUCCCACAUCUUCAUCCUGGGUGAGAGGAACAUCUACUGUCUCCGUGACAAUGGGCAGAUCCAUUUCAUGAAGAAGCUGGAGUUCAACCCCAGCUGCUUCCUGCCAUAUGCCUCGGUGACAGAUGGCACUACAAACCUGUUGCUAGGUAAUCACACCAACAUGCUGCUGGUUUACCAGGAUGUGACCUUGAAGUGGGCAUCCCAGCUCUCCUUUAUCCCCGUGGCUGUGCGUGUUGCCAACUUUUUGGAUGUGAAGGGAGUCGUGGUCAGUCUGAGUUCAGAUGGUCAUCUUCUGUGCUCUUACAUGGGUACAGAUCCCUCUUUCUUUUCAACUCCGAAGGUGGAUGCCAGGGAGGCUGACUACGAGCAGGUGGAAGCUGAGAUGAAGAAACUGCAGAAAUUCAUCCGAGAAGCCACCAGGACUCAGGACAUUUUGCCCAAAACCGAUAGUGAGGAUGACCUGUGCAUUACUACCACUGUUUCCUCCAGCAUGGACAACCCAUCGCAAGCCCUGAUCCACGAUAUCAAUGGUCUGCCUGUCCCCUCAGUGACUGUACAGGUGAAGGUGAAAGCCAGUAGUGUGGUGAAGUCAUCUAAGCUGAGCAUUGGUGUCCAGCCUCCUCUGGCAGUUACUCAGGAGCAGUUUGUCCUUGAGGCCAUGGGUGUUGGUUCAUCCAAAGUCGUGGUGUUUUCAGCGUUUCUCAAUGGCCACUACCCCCCUGCUGACCUCACCGGAGACAUCACUGUGUCCUACAGCUCACCGACAGAGCUUAACCCUAAAGGAGUUCCCAAGGUCCUCCAGUCCAGGUUCAAUCUUCCUCCAUCAUUGGUGUGUGUCGCUUGUCCUCCACCCAAAGCCACCAAGUUUAAGAUAACUGUGGACACCAACCAGCCACCAGUUGACCUCAGCUCCAUCUUCCGAGAGUUUUCAGCAAAAUCAGAAGAUAAGGAUGGGAAUAGUUUGGCUUUCCAGCUUCUGUCAGGAGCCAAGGUUACUGUGCUAGCCUCCAAGACCUCCCAACGUUACCGUAUUCAGAGCGACAGUUUUGAAGACAUGUGGUUGGUUGUGAAGGAGCUGGUCCACAGGUUUGACCAGCAUUUCUCCAAAUUGGGAAUCAAGGAUUUCAAGAAAAGUUUCAGUGGACCUCUCCCACUGGAGGAGUACUUCCUGUCUGUAGACAAGCACUUCCAGCUGCGUGUCAGUGCUCAGAAAUAUCAGGACCUGCUGUCGGAGCGAGCAGUCCAGUUCCGAGCCAUCCAGCGCCGCCUGCUGACUCGGUUCAAGGACAAAACCCCAGCACCCCUGCAGAACCUUGACACGCUAAUGGAUGCCACUUACAGCCAGGUAAUGGCACUGGCAGAGGCUGCAGAGGAGAACCGGGCACUGCUGGAAGAGGCGUUUGUUCGUCUGCGGAGUGCCACACACCUUCUCGUGCUCCUGCUGUCCCUGUGGCAGGGCCUGACCCCCGAUCAGACCAGCAUCCUGGAGGCCACACUGCUUCCUCUGCUGCAGGACACACCGCAGCUGGGUUGGGAAGAGAGCUGUGAUGCUGCCGUCUCCCACCUCCUACGGACCUGCUUGUCACAGAACCCCAAGGACCAGGCUACUUCUCUGGCGCAGACAGGAGGAUCAGUGCUGGGCCUCCCCAGUGACACUGCCCGUCUCAAGAAGCACAUCACCCUGCUUUGUGAACGAAUCGGCAAAGGGGGGCGUCUCACCCUGGCCUCUGAGGCUAAUGUCCAGGUCCCUGCUCAAGUCCAGAAUCUCGCUGUUCCUGGAGGUGUUGAGCCCAUAGCAGAGCUGGCUGGUGAUGGGGAAGAGAUUGAAGUUCCACAGGAGGCGACCAAGUUCAUUAAGAAGAAACAGCCAUCUAAGAAAACCAAGAAAGAAAAAGAGAAGAAAGAGGUGUCCAAGGAACCAUCAGAGGCGAACGUAAAAGAAGAAGAGCCAAUCAAGGAGACAAAAAAGGAGAAGAAGGAGUCAUCCAAGGAGAAGAAGGAAUCCAAAAAGGAGUCAACUAAAGAGCCCAAAGAGGAGGCAAAGAAGGAGUCCAAGAAGGAAUCAUCUUCUUCCAAGGAGAAGAAGGAGUCAUCAAAGGAGAAGAAAGAGAAGGAAAAAGAGAAGGAAGGGAAGGAGGCAGGAGACAAAAAAGUGUCCAGGAGAUCAUCAGUUAAAGUGAAAGAGAAGAAGAAGGAGCCAGAGGCUGCGGAGGGUUAAUAGAAACAGUGCGAUAACAUAAUAUGCACACACAUACAGAAAGAAAGCAUGUCUAAACAGCAUAUACAGAUACAAUAUGCACAUCUGGGGGCUCGUACAUAUAAAUAUACAUGUGUUUAUAUACAGUUCACAUUUAAACAUAUACAAAGCCAUGUAAUUCAAUCGGACACAAAUACACAUUUAUAUUCAGUAUACACAAUAAAUACAGUAAAUCGACUCAGUCAAGGUCACAUGUCUUAGCAGCAAAACAGUUUCCUCCUAUUGGGAUAUUUACAUGUUCUAGUAAUAGCUGAUCUCAAAAACACACACACACACACUGCUGAUCCACCACAUCCAGUAGUUUUACUGUACCCACAGAGAGUGAGGAGGAAGGCAAAGUUGUCCUCCUCUCAGACAUUUUGCUGACUUUCUCCUUCCGCCUCAGCAGCAAUUGAACCCACAGCCCAGUACCUCCCUAAUCCCCAACCACGCCCCGGCCCACGCUUACUUCUGGCUGUGACGUCGCACCCGCCUUGUCGCCCCCUCGCAUGGCACCAGGCCUUGCCUGAGCCUCCCCCGUCUGUCCACUAAGAAUAAACCGCCUGAGACGUUCAGCCAUCCUGCUGCUUCCGGGUAAAUCAAGGCCACAUCCUACAUUUGGUUCCGUCGCCACCCCCUCCGACCUGGGGUUUUAUUUUUUUAAAGCUGGGAUACUCAAGGACAUGCGGUGGCUGAUGGACACAUAAUUGUUGCUGCGGGGUCGAACCUGAGACUGUUUUUGUAUGAUGGAAACCAACAGGGUGUUUCCUGAAAAAGCGGCGUGGCAGUCCAGAGUCUACACGGCCAGUUUAAUACUCCAGCCUUUUCUGCUCAUCCUUAAAUAGUCAGGAACAUUGUGAAGGGCAGGCUGGUUUUAACAGCUGCGUACAGCAAUGUUAUCGCAAGAUGUUUGCACCAGAGCAAGAAAUGUCUUACUGCACUGUACUAAAUGAUGUCAAAGAGUUAGUUCAUUUACAGUAGAGCAACACUGCAUAUUGUCUUACUUUGGGUCGUGUCUUGUCUUUGUAAAGUAGAUGUGUGUGUGUGAGUGCGGAGGGGUUUCCAAAGAUGUCCGACAGCACUUCUGUCUAAGCGCAUAGGUCCCUUUACAUUUCAUAGUCAGAAACAUCUUCUCUUUACUCUAAACACCACAAAUGCAACCAUGUUCAAACAUUUUUGAAUUAUCGAGUCAAAAAGUAUGCAUUAUUUAGGCACCAGGAGAGGGAAGUUUGAAAAGAAUAUACAAUAUAAAUAGAGUUAGCCAGUCCUCAUAAAAAGACGCAAAAUAAGAUAAUUACAGAGGCUCUUUGGUGAGUUUAUCAUACUGGAACUGGCAUGUACAGACUGGUGAGUUUAUUGGUCAGCUUAGAAUUUAAAUGUCUGUACUGGCUGAUCAAAUUUACAGCAUACUGUAUGUGCAACACUGAGCUUGAAGGGUGGAGAUGCGAAUCUGUCUGGACAGUUGAAUAUAAACCAAAAAGCCGUUCACUGAGUUUUUUCCCCAGACGAAACAAUCACUACUUGUUAAAACAUAUAGUUGCGUUCCUGGUUUAGAGAAUUAUAAAACAAAUAUGCGAUAUUAUAUUGUAAUAUAUAAUUUUGGACACACUCACUCAUACAAAUCCACUUAAAACACAUAAAUUUAAUAGCUUUGAGCUAUAUUUAAGUCAGAAUUGAAGCUUAUAGACUUCAGCCAUAUGAUCUGUGCCAGCAGCAAUCCCAGCGGCUCUGCACUCCUCUACAAGUCAACUGUAAGCAUCAUGUCUUUAUGUUUAGUUUUAGCCCUUCUGUCUGCUGGGAAAUUUAUAUUUAGUUUGUAUUGUGUAACAGAGUCCCUGUUUGCAGCAGUGCCUACGGCUACUGCUGACUGAUCUGAUCAAAAAAUGACAUAGUAAGGGUGUAUAUCUUAUUUUUGUAUGUAAAUAUUUUAAAAUGUAAACUUUGAGCAGAGGUAAAAACAGAUCAGCCGAAACCAGCAUCAGCUCAUCCUUGUCAAGAAGGACAGUUAGGUUAAGUUUGUGCUGUUAUAAAGGGUUCCCAGUGGACACAAGGUACUACAUGGCAAUGUUUUUGAAUACCUUGAAUGUUUAUAAUGUACAUUAGGUUUUGUAAUUGUUGUAUUAGUGGUGCAGAUUUACCAAGCUCUCGUUCCGAGGUUGCUUUUUGUAGCCACAGUUCAUUUAAAAAAGAAAGUUUCUGUACUCCAGAAUAAGUCACGACUUUGUCAUUAGUCUGCAGCAGGUGCAAGAUCACCAACGAUGUGAAUGAAAUAAACCAUGUUUAUGAAUGUUUACUAAUAAAAGUAGUCAGCUGUAAGUUAUCAAA